GUGAUCGUGAGUAGUCUUUUUAAUCGAAUAUUAUCCCAAACAAAAUAUAUUCGAUAAAUUUGAUUAAUUGCCGCUAGAACACUUCACCUCCUGUUCUAAUGGUACAAAAUAGUUUUUUUUUUUAAUUAACUUGUUAAUUCAGCUAGUUAAGCAUUCGCCUUUAAAAUAUAACUAAGGUUGGCAGUCUUUUGCUAAUUUUGCUUUAAUGUCAGUUUCCGUGAUUUGUUGACGUUUAAAGUAUAAUAUUACAAAAACAAAAUAGUUAAAUUGCUGUGUAGGCAAAUCAAUUGCAUAUAUAUUUUUAAUAUUUAAAGAAAUAUGGAUUUGACCUUGUUAAUAGGUAUAGCAACGGCGUUGCUGGUAAUAAUAAUUGGAUUGUUGCUUUUCCAAAGAAAAUCAACAGGAGACAAAGCAAACAAGCCAGCGCAGCGAGGAGCUCCCGUGAGAGCACAAGAGGGUAUUCCACGACGUGCCCAGAUAGCUCGAAACCAGCGUAACCGUUUGCGUCAAAACGCUGCAGCAGCUGCAGCCGCAGAUCAGGCCGCUGCAUUAGAUAAUGCCCUAGAACCAAAUGACAACGACGAAGAUGGAGAUGAUGAUGAAAUUCCAUCUGGUCCGGUAUUGGACGAGAAAAUGGGUGCCAAGAAACGUGCCAAAAUGGAAGCAAAAGAACAAAAACGAAUAAUGCGAGAGCAAGAGCUAAAGCAGCGUGAGGAGCGUAAAGUCAAGGAAGCUAAACUCGAAGCAGAACGAAAACAACAGGAAGAACGUGAGGAGGAAGCGGAACGUAAAGCAGCAGAAGCAGAACGUUUGGCACGCGAAGAACGUGAACGGAAGGAGCAUGAGGAGUACUUAAAAAUGAAGGAAGCAUUCAAAAUUGAAGAAGAAGGUUAUGAGGAAGCUGAGGAUGCAGAAAAAGAGCAACUUUUACAAGAUUUUAUACAAUAUAUUAAAGACAACAAAGUAAUUGUUUUGGAGGAUUUGGCUAUGGAAUUUAAACUGAAAACUCAACAAGUGAUCGAUCGUAUACAGGACUUGCAAGCGAAUGGCACAUUAACGGGUGUGAUCGAUGAUCGUGGAAAGUUCAUCUACGUAUCGCAAGAAGAAUUACUUGAAGUAGCAAAAUUCAUAAGACAGCGAGGGCGAGUAUCUAUAGCAGAGCUGGCUGAAAGUAGCAAUAAUCUAAUUAAUUUGACACCUGUUUCGAGUGCUUAAUAGAUAUUUCAAACAUUAAUAUUUUAGUGUAAUUUUACUUUUUAAUUCGCUUAUAACAAAGUUUUAUGUAAAUUGUGAACAAAAU